AUGCUCUUCAGCAAACUUUCCUGGGCGGUUCUCAGCGCCACUUUCUUCUUGAUAUCGUAUACCUCUUCUGCACCGGCAACUGGCAAACCCCUCGACUCGGUCAACUACUUAGAACGUCGAGGUAUCUGGCCCACAGGUUUCUACACUUGGGACAUAUACAACAACUAUAAAAAUUACCUGGCCGGCCUUUCUAAGCCUACGCCAGAUCUCCAACAGUUUCCUCAGGGGGAAAGUGUCGGUUCAAAUGGAGAAAAAAUAUAUGCGUUCUCUCCGGAUCUAGACGACACUAAUUCUCAAUCCUGUCAGGAGUGGAAGGUGGAGCUAUUUGACGACGAAAUCGGGAGCGGGGGAUAUGGGGACAUUCUCGAUGGAGAAAUGCAUCGCGAUACAGGAAGGAGUGAGACGGUUGCGGUCAAAAAAACGACAAAGGAUGCACAAGCCGACGUCUGGGCUGAAGUAGAUCUGGUUUUCAAGCAGCUGUUGGAAAUCAUGGUCUCCGUGUCCAAAGCUGAGGUUGCUCACCGUGAUAUCAAACCAGAGAACUUUAUGCUUGAUGGGCAGCAAUGGAAAGCCAUUGAUUUCGAUAUGGCUACUUCGGCUACUUCAAUUGAGACAUCAACGGAUUACUCUAUAGGCUCGCUGUUAUUCACUCCACCGGAAUCUGUGCUAACCAUCAAACUUCCUCGCACAGAAAAAGUUAGAAUGGUUCCAUACCUUCUUCAGAAAGGAGACGUUUUUGCCAUGGGAAUCCUCUAUUUGUUUAUGGCCUUUCCGAAUAUGGAUAUAAAGGAGCAAGCCACCACUUGGGCCUUCCUGGUACAGCUUCCGAAUAAGGAAGUGAAUAUCUCGCCGGAACAAGCUGAGCAUAUCUUGGAAGUACGGUACGACGAGGACCUACCUGAGAAUAAGCGAAAACUUCUUUCAAAUGUCUUUUGCCAGCAGGAUCAGCGGAUAACUAUGCAGGAUUUCUUGACCCAGUUCACAAAUCUCUAG